CCAGUUUGAUACAGCUGUGUGGAAGGGGCCGAGGAUAAGCCAAUUCGAAGCAGGUGUGCCUGAGUCCGAACUUGGCCUGCAGAGUCUCCAGACACACGGAGAGAAGACAACCCAGUGAACUCCUCCUCUGUGGAAGAAGGUGCCAGAAAGAUGCCCCCGGGACAGGUGACCUUGAACUUCAAAGAUGUGGCCAUCUACUUCACAGAGGAGGAAUGGAGGUUGCUGGGCAAGAAGCAGAGGGCCUUGUAUGAGGAGGUCAUGAUGGAGACCUAUGAGAAUGUGGCCUUCCUGCGAGAUAACUGGUGGGCCACAAAAGCAAGCAUGAAGGGCAGCCGCCAUCUUAGGCGCAAGUUGCAUCUUGCCGGACAUCUCCAAACCCACAAGUGUCAGCACUGUGGGAAAUGCUUUGCUCAGAAGGCAAACUUUGAGUGUCACCUGAGAGUCCACACAGGAGAGAAACCCUACAAAUGCCAGCACUGUGGGAAAGGCUUUGCUCAUAAGGGAGACCUUAAGUGUCACCUGAGAGUCCACACAGGAGAGAAGCCCUUCAAAUGCCAGCACUGUGGGAAAGGCUUUGCUCAGAAGGCAAACUUUGAGCGUCACCUGAGAGUCCACACAGGAGAGAAACCCUUCAAAUGCCAACACUGUGGGAAAGGCUUUGCUCAGAAGAGAGACCUUAAGUGUCACCUGAGAGUCCACACAGGACAGAAGCCCUUCAAAUGCCCGCACUGUGGGAAAGGCUUUGCUCAGAAGGCAAACUUUGAGCGUCACAUGAGAGCCCACACAGGAGAGAAACCCUUCAAAUGCCAGCACUGUGGGAAAGGCUUUGCUCAUAAGGGAGACCUUAAGUGUCACCUGAGAGUCCACACAGGAGAGAAGCCCUUCAAAUGCCAGCACUGUGGGAAAGGCUUUGCUCAGAAGGCAAACUUUGAGCGUCACCUGAGAGUCCACACAGGAGAGAAACCCUUCAAAUGCCAGCACUGUGGGAAAUGCUUUGCUUGGAAGCCAGACCUUGAGAUUCAUCUGAGAGUCCACACAGGAGAGAAACCCUACAAAUGCCAACACUGUGGGAAAUGCUUUGCUCAGAAGCCAAACCUGAAGUGUCACGUGAGAGUCCACACAGGAGAGAAGCCCUACAAAUGCCAGCACUGUGCGAAAAGCUUCACUUGGAAGGCAAGCCUGGAGCAGCACCUGAGAGUCCACACAGGAGAGAAACCCUACAAAUGCCAGCACUGUGGAAAAUGCUUUGCUUGGAAGCCAGACCUGAAGUGUCACGUGAGCAUCCACACAGGAGAGAAACUCUACAAAUGCCAGCACUGUGCGAAAAGUUUCGCUUGGAAGCCAGGCCUGAAGCAGCACCUGAGAGUCCAUACAGGAGAGAAACCCUUCAAAUGCCAGCACUGUGGGAAAGGCUUUGCUCAGAAGAGAGACCUUAAGUGUCACAUGAGAGCCCACACAGGAGAGAAACCCUUCAAAUGCCAGCACUGUGGGAAAGGCUUUGCUCAUAAGGGAGACCUUAAGUGUCACCUGAGAGUCCACACAGGAGAGAAGCCCUUCAAAUGCCAGCACUGUGGGAAAGGCUUUGCUCAGAAGGCAAACUUUGAGCGUCACCUGAGAGUCCACACAGGAGAGAAGCCCUUCAAAUGCCAGCACUGUGGGAAAGGCUUUGCUCAGAAGGCAAACUUUGAGCGUCACCUGAGAGCCCACACAGGAGAGAAACCCUUCAAAUGCCAGCACUGUGGGAAAGGCUUUGCUCAUAAGGGAGACCUUAAGUGUCACCUGAGAGUCCACACAGGAGAGAAGCCCUUCAAAUGCCAGCACUGUGGGAAAGGCUUUGCUCAGAAGGCAAACUUUGAGCGUCACCUGAGAGUCCACACAGGAGAGAAACCCUACAAAUGCCAGCACUGUGGGAAAGGCUUUGCUGGAAAGGGAGACCUUAAGUGUCACCUGAGAGUCCACACAGGAGAGAAACCCUUCAAAUGCCAGCACUGUGGGAAAUGCUUUGCUUGGAAGCCAGACCUUGAGAUUCAUCUGAGAGUCCACACAGGAGAGAAACCCUACAAAUGCCAGCACUGUGGUAAAGGCUUUGCUAAGAAGGGAUACCUUGAGUGUCACCUGAGAGUCCACACAGGAGAGAAACCCUACAAAUGCCAGCACUGUGGUAAAGGCUUUGCUCGUAAGGGAAACCUUAAGUGUCACCUGAGAGUCCACACAGGAGAGAAACCCUUCAAAUGCCAGCACUGUGGGAAAGGCUUUGCUCAUAAGGGAGACCUUAAGUGUCACCUGAGAGUCCACACAGGAGAGAAAGCCUAUGAAUGCCGGCACUGUGGGAAAUGCUUUGCUCAUAAGGGAGUCCUUGUGUGUCACCUGAGAGUCCACACAGGAGAGAAACCCUUCAAAUGCCAGCACUGUGCGAAAAGCUUCGCUUGGAAGCCAGGCCUGAAGCGGCACCUGAGAGUCCACACAGGAGAGAAACCCUUCAAAUGCCAACACUGUGGGAAAGGCUUUGCUCAGAAGGCAAACUUUGAGCGUCACCUGAGAGUCCACACAAGAGAGAAACCUACGAAUGCCAGCCCUGUAGGAAAGGCUCUGCUGGAAAGGCCGACCUGAAGCGUCACCUGAGAUUCCACACAGCAGGGAAACCCUACGAAUGCCAGCACUGUGGGAAAGGCUUUGCUGGGAAGGGGAUUAUGUCUUUCACUGAAUGUUGAGAUGUUCCUUGUGGAGAGCGGGAUUAUGUGGUGCCUGUGCACUUUUGGUGACCUCAUUGGAGGCAGGAACACACAGAGGGUUUCCUCUCUUUCUCAGCCUUUUAGAAUUUAAUAUACAGUGCUUUUAUGAGACUGUUCCCCACUCUCCUUAUGCUGGUCUUGAUUUGAUUUUACUUCAUUGGGAAGUCACCUCAAACUGGGGGAACACUUAUCACAGAUGCCGUUGGUGAGCACCCUAUGGAGCCAUGGGAAAUUGUUGCUUCUGUUUGAUGUUUUGCCUUAUGUCUGUUAUAACAGGCUGCGUUUUUAUUUAAUUUUAGUUGUUAAGUCAUAAUUCAUGUUUAUAUGUUGGGUUGUUACAUUUUGUUAGCAUGGAUGUAUUGUUGUAUUCGGGCAUUGAACGUUUGCCUUUUAUGUUUGAAACCUGCCCUGAGUCCCUCCAGGAAUAUAGGGCAGAAUAUA